AUGACUGUAAACGAAGUGGAAGUUGUUACUACUCGGCUACCUUUGGUCGAGAAAUAUCGACCAAAAGAUCUCUCUGAGUUGGUUUCUCACACUGAAAUCAUAUCAACAAGUGAGUCCUUUCUGUUUUAAUUUAGCUUGUUUAGUCAAGAAGAUGAUCAAAGAGAAUAAAGUACCUCAUUUCCUCUUUUAUGGACCUCCAGGAACCGGAAAGACGUCCACAAUCAAGGCAAUGGCUCAUGAAUUGUAUGGGAAAGACGGAUAUAGAAGCAAAGUGCUUGAGGUAAUUUUCCAUUUAGAUUUGAUUGUUCUUUUUUGACUAAAAUGGAGACUUAUCCAGGCUUUUUCAGUUGAAUGCCUCAGAUGAUCGUGGAAUUGAUGUUGUGAGGGAAGGGAUAAUUCCUUUUGCACAGAAUUCGGUGGUGGGUUUCGGUCCAACUGAUGAGAGCGCAUUCAAACUGAUCAUCCUCGAUGAAGCUGAUGCUAUGACCAAGGAUGCCCAGAAUGCAUUAAAGCGAGUAAUUGAAAAAUAUUCCGGACACACCAGGUUCUGUUUGAUUUGCAACCACUUGUCCAGUAUUAUUCCAGCCAUUCAAUCAAGAUGCACAAGGUAUGUUCAUAUUUAUUUUUCAUGUUUUGCUUUUAGAUUUCGAUUCCCUCCUCUGGGGGAGAACCAGAUUAGACCAAGAUUGGAUUUUGUUGUGAAGAAUGAAGGGCUUUCUGUAACAGAGGACGGGAAAAAGGCGCUUUUCCUUCUUUCUGGAGGUGAUAUGAGGAAGAUUCUGAAUGUUUUGCAAGUAAGUUAAAGCAGAUGUGGCUGAGUAUGAAGUGUACUAUGAAUGCCUAUAUAUCGUUUCAGUCGACUUAUUUAGCAUUUGGAGAAGUGACUGAGAAAAACGUGUAUGCAUGUGUUGGUCAGUCCAACCCCGAGGUCAUCAAGAGAAUUGUUGAAUGCGCAAUGAAUGAGAAUAUGGAUGAAGCUGUUCGAAGUAAGGAUUUUAUUUAUAAGACUCUUAUUAUUCCCGACUCUGAUUUUUAUUAAUAUAUUUUCAGAGAUCAAACGAAUUCUGAAGGAGAAUGCAUUGUCGAUGGCUGAUGUCUUGGAGAAUAUGAGUGAAUUGGUUAUGAGCAUCGGAUAUGACGAGAAUAUCGCCGCUCACCUGAUCAUGGAACUGUCGAAGAUCCAAACCAAUGUUACGAUGGGCGCUUCUGAGAAUAUCCAGAUGAACGCGAUGAUUGCCGCUUUUGUCUUGGCUCGUGAGGGCACGUUCCGAGUAUAA